AUGACCACUCCAUCGGUGACGCAUACACAGGCGCAUGAGGGUGGUGCAGACAACCAACUGAACCUGGUCAAUCGGCUUCGCCAAAGCAGAUCGCCCUAUGUUCGAGGACAUAUGAACAACCCGGUAGCUUGGCAGCUAUGGGAUUCAGAGGCGAUCGAUUUGGCCCGGGAGCACAAUAGGCUUAUCUUCCUCAGUAUCGGUUAUUCUGCAUGUCACUGGUGUCAUGUCAUGGAAAAGGAGUCGUUCAUGUCUCCUGAAGUGGCAUCGCUUUUAAACGAAUCCUUUAUACCGAUAAAAGUCGACCGGGAAGAACGCCCUGACAUUGACGAUGUUUACAUGAACUAUGUGCAGGCAACCAUGGGCUCUGGUGGUUGGCCAUUGAAUGUGUUUCUGACGCCGGACCUUGAACCUGUCUUUGGUGGCACCUACUGGCCCGGCCCCAAUGCCACGUCGCUCACUGGACAUGACACGAUCUCGUUUGUCGAAAUACUGGAGAAACUCAGAGACGUGUGGCAGACGCAGCAGCAGCGCUGCCGUGACGAUGCAAAGGAAAUAACAAAGCAACUGAGAGAAUUUGCCGAGGAAGGGACACAUACUUAUGGGGAGCGGGGAGAUGAGGAGGACCUUGAAAUCGAGCUCCUCGAAGAGGCCUAUCGCCAUUUUGCCUCUCGAUUUGACACCAACAACGGAGCGUUUUCCAGAGCACCUAAAUUCCCUACUCCAGCAAACUUGAGUUUUCUGCUCCGUUUGGGGUCCUACCCAAGUGCCAUCUCGGAUAUUGUUGGUCUGGAUGAGUGCGCAAAUGCGACAGCCAUGGCAGUUACGACGCUUGUCAAGAUGGCCCGCGGAGGCAUCCGAGAUCACAUCGGGCAUGGUUUCGCAAGAUACAGCGUGACUUCCGACUGGAGUCUGCCCCACUUUGAGAAGAUGCUCUACGACAAUGCUCAACUCUUGGAUGUAUACGUGGACGCCUUUAAGUUGACUCACGACCCGGAGCUGCUCGGCGCCGUCUACGAUCUAGUUGCCUAUCUGACUAACCCUCCUAUCCUGUCAGCUACAGGCGGGUUCUACUCGUCCGAAGACGCUGAUAGCAUUCCCGCCCCGAACGACACAGAGAAGCGAGAGGGAGCCUUUUAUGUCUGGACGUUGAAGGAGUUGACGCAGGUCCUUGGCCAGCGGGACGCUGGGGUGUGCGCUCGUCACUGGGGAGUCCAUCCUGAUGGCAACGUUGCCCCCGAGAACGACCCGCACGACGAAUUUAUGAACCAGAAUGUGCUAUCGGUGAAGGUCACGCCGAGCAAGCUUGCGAAGGAGUUUGGGCUGAGUGAAGAGGAGGUGGUCAGGAUCAUAAAAUCUGCGAAACAAAAGCUGCGUGGGCAUCGAGAACGGACACGGAUUCGUCCUGACCUUGACGACAAGAUCAUUGUGGCGUGGAACGGACUUGCCAUCGGUGCAUUGGCAAAGGCCAGUAUUCUCUUUGACGAGAUUGACCAUUCAAAGGCUGUGCAGUGCAGGGAAGCGGCAGCGAAAGCCAUCAAUUUCAUCAAAGAUAACCUCUUUGAAACAGCAAGCGGUCAGCUUUGGCGUAUCUACCGCGAUGGGGCCAGGGGGAAUACGCCAGGCUUCGCAGAUGAUUACGCGUACCUCAUCGGCGGGUUGUUGAACAUGUACGAGGCGGCUUUCGACGAUAGCUAUCUUCAAUUUGCGGAGCAGCUGCAGAAGCAACUCAAUAGUCAAUUUAUCGCAUAUGCAGGAACCACGCCAGCAGGCUAUUACAGCACACCGGCCGUCAUGACGCCAGGUACUCCAGGGCCUCUUCUCCGUUUGAAAACAGGAACGGAGUCGGCGACACCGUCCGUCAACGGGACUAUAGCACGUAACCUAGUUCGACUGUCAGCACUGCUGGAGGAGGAGAGCUACAGAAUACUCGCACGACAGACGUGUAUGUCAUUCGCCGUAGAGAUUCUGCAGCAUCCUUUCUUAUUUGUUGGGCUUCUGGACGCCAUUGUCGGGCUGGAACUGAAUGUGCGCACUGUCACGGGAGUUUUUGCUACAACAGAAGUCUCGCGGCCGGCCACGUCGCUGUCGGACGACUUGGUUAGUCAUCCUGACGAGCCUCUGUCCGCUCGAGACAAGUUGGUAGCAAGGGUACGGGCUGAGGCAGGCCUGGCCACGUCGACGUCGACGGCGGCGGCAGCACUAGUGGACAUUCGACCGGGCCAUUUAGCAGAUUUUGUGGGGAAUCCUUCAUUCUGGCUGAGAUCGCGAAACGCGAUGUACAAGGAGCUUCGGACUUCGUAUCCAGCAAGGAAUUAUCUCCUUGUCUGCGAGGCGGGCCAGUGUCGGACGAUUGAUGCGUGA